AUGUCUGUCCGCAACGAGGAUCUUCUUUCGAGGAAGCGGCGACGAGGCUCACCCCAAUCUCUUCCUACACCCUCCCCCGAGGACUCUCCCGCGCUGAAGAGAAAGAAACACACGCAUAAAGACGAGGCGUACCGGUGGCACAGACCUCCAGGCUACUGGGAUCGGCUCUCCAAGGUCCACCUCGGUCGAGCUGCGUUGGCAGAGUACGAUCGCAGAACUUUGAAUGCCAAACAACCGCUGUUGAUAUCCCCCUCCGGCAUCAACACUCCAAGGCCUGCGACCAAGAGCGUGAAGCAAUUUUCACGACACGGCGGACCUGAUUUAAGCCAUAUUCGAGGGUUAGCUAUCCGAACUGAUCAGGAUAUCAUGAAUCAACCCAUCCCAAGUCGAAAGCGCUCAGCAUCACCCAGCGCCAGCGGUGCAACGAGCAAGACCAAGACCAAGACCAAGUCUUCUUACGACCCCAAUUUCGCGCAGAACCUGAUCGACGCUGGUAUCUAUCCACUCGGCGAGGCUUCAGAACCCAACAAUUUCGGAGAUAUCAUAGAAGACACGAGCAAGCGUCGGGAUUCUUUGUCUCCGUCGCGGUUCGGUGAUGAGGACUUCAAAGCGAUAAGAAGCCGUUGGUGGGCAGUAAAGGAUGAGAAGACCGUACGGGCUGAAGCCAUGUCCGUCAUUGCAGGUGAAUCGGGCAAACAGCAGAAUUCCGCGGCCGACCGCAUUUUCAAUCACCUGAAGGAGUUCUCUAAAGACCUACCCCAGCACCAACCAGAUUCGUAUGACGGAGCGCGCCCUCAACUCAUCGACCGGAGUGUCCGCUGUGAUCUCGGAGACAAGAUUGUUCCGUCUAAUAAUACUUCCCUCCCAGCGGCACCAAACUUCUUCCUCGAGGGAAAGAGCGCGAGCGGUCGUGCCGACGUCGCACAGUUGCAAAUCUCUUACAGUGGGGCAGUCGGUACGCGAGCGAUGCACAGUCUCCAGAAUUACAAAUCGGCAGAACCUGUAUACGAUGGUAACGCUUACUGCUACUCGAGCACUUACCAUCACGGGACCACAUCGCUUGUACUCUAUGCCCAUCAUCUGACAGCGCCAAAAGCACCUGGAGAAGCCCCCGAGUAUCAUGUUACACAACUAGGCGGAUUUUACAUGACGCAUAAUGUCGACACUUUCCGAAUGGGAGCCAGUGCUUUCCGCAACCUCCGAGAUCGAGCCAAAACCGAUCGAGACAGAUUCAUCGAUCACGCAAAUCAGAUUGCCCGAGGCGCAUCUGCGACUGCCCCCCCCACCUCCACAGACAGCCAUGCGUCCCUACCAAUGCUCCAAGAAGAAUCUGAAACUUCGGCUGAUGAAGUGCCCGCCGUGCAAGUGGUUGCCAAGCGCAUGAAAUAUGCCCCCGCAGAGGACUCGCAGCAAGCAGCUACUCCUCCCACGUCGGCGACUACCUCCAUCAGUAAUGAGGCUACGAUUCCUCCGCAACCAGGGACCGGUGCACCCCCGCAUGUGCAAUCCACUCCACGUUGA